AUGGAAACGGAAACAAGAAUGUUGUCUGUAACGUGAGCUCAAUCAAUGGCAGGAAUUGGUGCGUCUGAAAGCUGCCAUCUUGACAGUGAUGAUGACAAACAACUCUGCCAACUCACCUCCUUCUUCCCCUCCUCCUCUUCUUAAUCACUUCGCCAAACCUAAUGUCGUGCACUUUACUUCAAUUAAUUAGUUCGUCGCCAGCUUCUGCGUUGUUCAUUGCACCAGGUGGCAGUUUUGCUUUCCUUGCUCCUCUAAACAAACUCCUAGAUUCUUCGCCGGUUUUCUCUCCUCGUGACAUCUGUGACGCCCAUCCCGAGCGGUCGAAGGAGGGCGGCGAUCACUCUUAGGAUCCGUCGUUGCAGGUUUCCCGGUGAUCCUGUGCCCCAAAGGUGCCACCUUUCCUCUCUUUUCCCUGUCAAAUCUCCUCUUUUGGGCACUCUCUUGUUGUUUGACGUUGAAUCCAUGUUUCUGGUUUAAUAUCGGCUGGAUUUUCGUCGUUUCUUUGCUUGCUGCGGAGAUUUAGGGCUCCUCCACUCCUGGCAUCGGUUUCUUUGUUUUCUUUCUUUGCCUGGCCCUGCAUCAGCCGCAAAUCAAUGGCGCAUUAGGGUUUCCUUGUUUUUGGUUUAUCUGCUAAGGGCCAUGAAAGGCACUGGAGUGAGCUGCAUCAUCUUUAUGCUUGUUUCAAUCAGAUGCAUCCAUUGUGCUUUUACUCCUGCAGACAAUUACCUGAUCGAUUGUGGUUCCUUGACCGAUACAACCAUCUACGAUCGAAUUUUCGUCUCCGAUGUUUCCUUCUCUUCGACCUUGACUCCCUCCUCGAACAACCUAGCCAACGCCUCCGGCUCGGUGCCCGCCUCCACCUACGGCGCUGCCCUGUAUCAAAAUGCCCGGGUGUUCACUGUGCCCUCCUCCUACCCCUUCCAAAUCAAUGCCCAUGGCAGACACUUCGUUCGCCUCUACUUCUUCCCCUCCGUUUACGGAAGCUUCGAUCUCACUUCCUCAACCUUCACUGUGUCGACCCAAGAUGUCGUCCACCUCGACCAUUUCCAGCCUCAGGCGAAUUCUGCAGCCGUCGAGGAGUUCUUGGUGAACAUAAAUAGCAAUACUCUCGCCCUUACAUUUGCGCCGACGGGAAACAAUUCCCUUGCCUUCGUGAACGCCAUAGAAGUCGUAUCUGUUCCUGAAACCUUAAUCGCAGAUACUGCUACCGUCGUCGAUCCUCCAGGCAGCUACCAGGGUCUGUCAGAUCAGUUGUUGGAGAAGAUUUACAGAGUCAACAUGGGCGGCCCUCAGAUUUUCCCCAACAAUGAUACUCUGUGGAGAACUUGGGACACUGAUCAGAAGUCGCCGCCGUUUAACAAUUCGCUUUCUGCGCCAUUUAUCUUCUCAGGAAGAAUCAAUUAUAAUGGAGGAGGAGCAACUCAGGAGACUGCUCCAGACAGAGUGUAUGCGACGGCAGCGAGAUUGCUUGCCUCAAAUACUUCAAAUGCUAGAUUCAAUAUGUCAUGGCGGUUCCCGGUGGAUGCUAAUUCAGCCUACUUGAUUAGGUUUCAUUUCUGUGACAUAGUCAGUGAUGCAGCUGGAGACCUCUUGUUCAAUGUUUAUAUUAAUUCCUGGCUCGUAGCUCCCAAUCUUGAUCUUUCUAGCUUUACAGACAGGCAGUUAGCAACCCCUGUCUAUAGGGAUUAUGUUUUGGAGGCAAGUGAUGCAUCAGGUACUCAACUCAACAUCAGCAUUGGUCCUUCAGAUAUUAAUGGUGUGUUGCCUGAUGGCAUACUCAAUGGGCUUGAGAUCAUGAGGAUCGGGUCUGGCGGCGGGUCUCCGGUCACACCGCCUGGUUCGAAGAAGAACCUUGCCAUCAUAUUGGCUCCAGUACUUGGAGCCGUUGUGGUGGCCAUCGUUGCUGUUGCUCUCUGCGUAGUCCUUCGAAAGAGGAAGCUUAAGGAACAGUAUUCCAAGUCUUGGGUGCCUUUCUCCAUCAAUGGCUUCACCUCUCAUAGCGCAGGAAGCCAAACUUCUAAUGGAACUGCAGUUACACUGAAUGGAAACUUUGGCUAUCGUCUGUCUUUCGCUAUCCUGCAAGAGGCGACCAACAACUUCGACGAGAAUCGGGUGAUCGGCGUCGGAGGCUUCGGGAAGGUCUACAAAGGCGCUCUGAGAGACGACACGAAAGUUGCAGUGAAAAGGGGAAACCCCAAGUCUCAACAGGGCAUCAAUGAGUUCCACACCGAGAUUGAACUGCUGUCGCGCUUGCGCCAUCGCCAUCUCGUUUCUCUGAUCGGAUACUGCGACGAGAAGAACGAGAUGAUUCUCGUUUAUGAAUACAUGGAGAAGGGCAGCCUCAAGAGCCAUCUUUAUGGUUCGGACAUGCCUGCUCCGAGUUGGCAGCAGAGGCUGGAAAUCUGCAUUGGAUCAGCUAGAGGAUUGCACUAUCUCCAUACAGGGCAAGCUAAAGCGAUCAUCCACCGCGACGUCAAGUCCGCAAACAUUUUACUCGACGAGAACCUCUUGGCGAAGGUGGCUGACUUCGGGCUAUCGAAGACUGGGCCGGAGCUGGAUCAGACUCAUGUCAGCACCGCCGUCAAAGGGAGCUUCGGCUACCUCGACCCCGAGUACUUCCGGAGGCAGCAGCUGACCGAGAAAUCGGACGUGUACUCGUUCGGGGUGGUUCUGCUCGAAGUGCUGUGUGCGAGGCCGGUCAUCGAUCCGACCCUACCGAGGGAGAUGGUGAACUUAGCGGAAAUGGGAAUGAAGUGGCAGAGGAGGGGAGAGCUGGAGCGCAUCGUCGAUUCUCGCAUCGCCGGGUCGAUCAGGCCUGAAUCCUUGAAGAAAUUUGGGGAAACCAUCGAGAAAUGCCUGGCGGAUUCCGGCGUGGAGCGCCCGUCGAUGGGCGACGUCCUGUGGAACUUGGAGUACGCUCUUCAGCUUCAUGACGCAGACGCCGGUACCGUCUCCGAGGUCAACAGCAUCAACCAGAUAACUGAACUUUCGCCACGGGUUCAGAACUUCAGCGCCUACGAGAACGCGCCGCCGGCGGGAGAAGCCGAAACGUCCCUGCUGAAUGAUCUUUCCGACGUUUCCAUGAGCAAAGUCUUCUCACAGUUGAUCAAGUCCGAGGGAAGGUAGGGCGAUCAGACCGGCAAAGUUGUUGUCAUUAAUGUUUGAAUAGCGCAGUGUAGCAGGGUUGAGGCUUGUUCUAUUUAAAUAUGCAAUAAUAUUUGUCAGAAUCUUUAAAUCAUUUA